ACAAAACGAAAUAUCAAACAGACCUCCGAGUUUGUGCUCAAAUCACAGUUCAGAGAGAGAGAGAGAGAGGCAUGGCUCUCACAUCAUCGACGACACCGAAGGGCAUAGUGAUAACAGUACCAGUUCUAGUACUUGGAGCCUCGGUUGCCGCUAUUUUCUUGGUCUUCCUUUUGUCUUCUCUUUCCUCAUGCUCUUGUCCCUCUAAUAUUAAUAUCAACACUUCUCCCGUGUCCGGUUCCACCGCCGAACCCCGUGUCCCCGUGUCCAUCGCUGACGAUGAUGCUGGUGGUGGUGCUGGCCGUGUCGCCGUGUCCACGACCAAAGAGGAUGUGGAGUGGGUGAAGAAUCAGAUCCGAUUGAACGGCCUUCAUAUGCAGGAUAAUGUGCUCCGCAAAGGAAUUAACCCCCGCACCAGAGCCCAGCAGCUCCAAGAUCUCGAACAAUUCAAAGGCAUAUCACAUUAUGAAGAACCUGAGGCAAAAAACCACACAGCCUUCCCAUGUCCGGGUGAGCUUCUUGUUGAGGAGCAUCACAGCAACUAUGGAGAGCCCUGGGCAGGUGGGCGAGAUGUGUUUGAGUUCCUUGCUGAAUCCAGCCACCUCACGCCUGACUCACGUGUCCUUGAGAUUGGCUGUGGCACCCUCCGAGUUGGCUUGCAUUUCAUUCGCUAUCUCAAUCCUGAGCACUUCCAUUGUCUUGAAAGAGAUGAGCUCUCUCUGAUGGCUGCAUUUCGAUAUGAGCUUCCUUCCCAAGGGCUCCUAUACAAGCGCCCUCUGAUUGUGAAAGGUGAGGACAUGGAUUUCACCAUGUUUGGUUCAGGAGUUGUGUAUGAUUUGAUCUAUGCUAGUGCUGUCUUUCUUCAUAUGCCUGAUAAGCUUGUGUGGGUCGGACUGGAGAGGUUAGCAAGUAAAUUGAAACCUUAUGAUGGGCGAAUAUUUGUGUCACAUAACAUAAAGUUUUGUUCCCGGAUGGGAGGAGAGGAGUGUACAAAGCGGCUCACAAGUUUGGGACUUGAGUAUAUUGGAAAGCAUACACAUGAUAGCUUGCUUUUCAAUCACUAUGAGAUCUGGUUUGGGUUUAGGCGGUCAAAGGCAUAGUACUUUUUGGAUCUGAUUCUUUCUGUGGUUUAGUUCAUGAUUUGGAAGCAGGUAUCAGAGCCUUCAAUGAUCACAAAUUACUGCAACCAGAGAUAUCGAGUCUUCAACCUCCUGUUGAUAAAUUUGUGUGGAAGAGAUGGUCUCCAUUUGAAUGGAUCAUUAGCUUAAGUGCAAAAUUGAGCCUGUUUUGUAUUUUUGAGCAGCAAAGGGUUCAUUGUAACAUUGUAGGUAUACGGGAUUGUCACGUUAUGUAAUGGCUACUAGAGAUGUGUUAACUUAUUCUUUUCCUUCUAA